GUGAGUGUGCAGAGCGCGGCCUGCACCGGAGCCGCCGCCGCCGCCAUGAAGGACGUACCUGGGUUCCUGCAGCAGAGCCAGAGCCAGAGCCCAGGCCCGGGACAGGCUGCGGUGUGGCACCGGCUGGAGGAGCUCUACAGCAAGAAGCUCUGGCACCAGCUGACCCUGCAGGUCCUGGACUUCGUGCAGGAUCCCUGCUUCGCCCAAGGGGAUGGGCUCAUCAAGCUCUAUGAGAACUUCAUCAGCGAGUUUGAGCACAGGGUGAACCCCUUGUCCCUGGUGGAGAUCAUCCUCCAUGUGGUCAGGCAGAUGACAGAUCCCAACGUGGCUCUUACUUUCCUGGAAAAGACUCGGGAAAAGGUGAAGAGCAGUGAUGAAGCUGUCAUCCUGUGUAAAACAGCCAUUGGGGCACUGAAGCUCAACAUUGGAGACCUCCAGGUCACCAAGGAGACCAUUGAGGAGGUGGAGGAGAUGCUGAACAACCUCCCUGGGGUGACCUCGGUGCACAGCCGCUUCUAUGACCUCUCCAGCAAGUACUACCAGACCAUUGGGAACCAUGCCUCUUACUACAAGGAUGCUCUGCGGUUCCUGGGCUGCAUUGACGUCAAGGACCUGCCGGCGUCAGAGCAGCAGGAGAGAGCCUUUACCCUGGGGCUGGCCGGGCUCUUGGGAGAAGGAGUUUACAACUUUGGGGAGCUGCUCAUGCACCCUGUCCUGGAGUCCCUGAGGAGCACGGACCGCCAGUGGCUCAUUGACACCCUCUAUGCCUUCAACAGUGGGAACGUGGAGACCUUCCAGGCCCUGAAGGCAGCGUGGGGCCAGCAGCCAGACCUGGCUGCAAAUGAAGCACUGCUGCUGCAGAAGAUUCAGCUCUUGUGUCUAAUGGAGAUGACCUUCACCCGGCCAGCCAACCACAGGCAGCUCACCUUCGAGGAGAUUGCCAGGAGUGCCAAAGUCACCGUGAACGAGGUGGAGCUGCUGGUGAUGAAGGCGCUCUCAGUGGGCUUGGUGAAGGGCAGCAUCGAUGAAGUGGACAAGAGGGUGCACAUGACGUGGGUGCAGCCACGUGUGCUGGACUUACAACAGAUCAAAGGGAUGAAAGAUCGCCUGGAGUUCUGGUGCACGGACGUGAGGAGCAUGGAGAUGCUGGUGGAGCACCAAGCCCAUGACAUCCUGACAUAGAGCCCCUGCACUGCCCCGGGACAGGGAAUCCUGGUGCCAGCAGCACUCACCACUGACUGUACUGCAUUAUACUGGGGGGGGAGAGGGGGGAGCAGCUCUUGAGGCUUGUUGGGAGGAGUAAGUGGCCUUUUGCUGUGUGAGCCUUUGGUGCUUGGAAGUGAGAUUUCCCUGAUGACUCACAUGGACGGCACUGGCCUGGGGGUCCCAUCCUGUUCUGGGACAGGGGUUCAUUCACCACACUGCUGUGGGAGGAUGGGUGCUGGUGCCUGGCACGGGGCAGAGGCUGUUUGCUGGGUAAGGGGCAGCGGGAGCUCCUUUCCGGGAGCCGGAGUGGUGCCUGACGUUGUACCUGGUGUUUGGUGGUGGUACUGGCCUCCGGAGCAGUGCCUGACAUUGUACCUGGUGUUCGGUGGUGGUACUGGCCUUAGGAGGGCACAGCUGCCCCUGCCCCACGGCAGCAGCCUCCUGCUCCCCCCUCCUCCCUGGCAGAGGGAGUUUGCUCCCGCAGAGGGUGUCCUGGGAUUCCUGUGCUGUGGAAGAGGUUCCUGCACUCGGGGGUUUGUGUUCCCAGCACUGCUCCCACGAGGCACUGG